UGCAACAUUUCCAAUUUCUGAAGGAAAUCUCCCUUAAACCCUGGCCCCCAUUGACGCAUAAAAGCUAAACCCCAUAAAAUGGCGAUGAGAACGGCGGCGACUAGAGCGGCGGCGACGGCCACAUCUCAAAGCGGACUUAGGGCACUGUAUUCAUCUUUUUCGAACUUCCCCUUCAAUCAGCCCCAGGCUAAAGUUGAGAAGCCUCCUCCCGCCGAACCCUCCACCAAUCUCUUCGUCUCCGGGCUUAGCAAGCGUACUACAACAGAAGGGCUCCGUGAUGCCUUUGCUAAAUUUGGUGCUGUGGUCGACGCUAGAGUGGUGACUGAUCGUGCAUCUGGCUACUCAAAGGGUUUCGGUUUUGUUAGAUAUCCGACUAUAGAUGAAGCUGCUGAAGGGAUCAAAGGCAUGGAUGGCCAGUUUUUGGACGGUUGGGUUAUUUUUGCGGAAUACGCAAGACCGAGAGCUCCUCUUCCGCCUAUAAACAACGGAUCUCCUCAGGGGCAAUGGUGAUUCAAAUCCCACGUAAUAAAGAUGCAAUUCUUUGAGCCAAGCUAUUAUUUAUUUUCGAAUUAUAUGUGUUUUUGUUAUCAAAUUAUAGAUAAACUAGAGUGUGAUGAUUAGGUUGAUAUUUGGAUAUUCUUGCUGUAUUCAUAAUGAACUGCUUCAUGACAUGAACUUACCUUUCACCAUUA